GACUAAGAAUUCAACAUCGCAGUUGUCCACACCCUGACGAGUGGAACAGCAUGAUACGGUUGAUAUUAACCGUUUUUCUGCUAUCUAAGUGGUCAAAUGGGCAGGAUUAUAAUAAAUUACGUGAAGAGAUUCGCUUGAGAGUUUCACCCCAAGAAUGGAGCCCGCCGUCAUCAGUUUCACUUGAUUGCCCUCCAGGCUACACAGAAAUAUCUUCGAAGUGUUAUAAGGCUUAUUAUCAAGGCUCAACUUGGAGCCAAGCGAGAGCAGUGUGCAAGAGUGAAGGAGCUGAAUUAGUUCGACUUGAAAGUCUUACGGAAAAUAUCAAAGUUUCCGAGCUAGUCCUUCAAAAGUCCGGUGACAAGCCUAAAGCUUUUUGGACUGGUCUUAAUAGACUAGACGAUAAGGGUGAAUUAAAUGAGACGCAAGUUAAGUGGUUGGACGAAAAGACUAAUAUUUGGGAAGGUCAAUGGGUAAAUGGCCAACCAACUAUUAAAAAGAAUGAGGAUUGCGUUGAAGUUCUAUUAGAAAAAUUGUUUCCUUGGAGUUAUAUUUGGUGCGGAACAAAGCAGGCAUUUGUUUGUCAAUUGGAUGCCUGUUUCUCCGAUCAUUUUACAUGUCUAAGUGGAAAAUGUAUUCAAAAGAAAUGGUUAUGCGACGGAGAAGAUGACUGCGGAGAUAGAAGUGACGAACUCAUCGAUAGUCCCGCUUGUAGAGCGAAUUGCAUUUUCAAGAAAAAGUCAACUACAGGUUCAGUUAGCACUCGCGAUUCUACAAAUGAUAAUAGUUACCGUAAUAAAAUGAGUUGCAUUUGGAUUAUUGAAUUACCGGAUCCAACAUCAAAGUUAAGACUAAGUUUCACAAAAAUUAAUACGGAGGCUAACUUGGAUAUCAUUGAAGUUUGGGUGGGAGGAAAAACACUUAGCACUAGUCGACUCGUGGCAUCAUUUUCUGGUGAAGUCACUGGCAGUGACCUCGACUCUUAUCAGUAUAUAAGUCCUAAUAAUUUCGCUAUUGUCACAUUCAACACCGACGCCGAUACUACAAAAGAAGGAUUCGUCGCCAAUUGGUUGUCAGAAGACGGAAGUUCUUCAGAUAAUCAGCAAGAAACGGCCGAAGGAAAUUGGAAGGUCAUAAAAUCUCCUAACUAUCCUAAAAACUAUUACAGUGGUACUCAAAAUACUUGGAUUAUCAGAUCAUCAAAGCGUACAGUAAUUACAAUUAGACUAAAAAAAGGAAGCGAUUUUGAUUUAGGACCAAAAGAUAGAUUGAACAUUUACAACGGUCAAUCGGCAGCAGCUACUCUUCUCAUUUCAUACACUGGAACUGCUGAGGGAAUGCCCGAAUUUAUAACAACUACAACAAAUUCUGCCUUUAUUCAUUUUGAUACUGUUUCCCUCGAAACAGGAAAAGGUUUUGAAAUAGAGUUUAUAACAGGUUGUAAAUUCGAUAUUGAUGGAGCUGCUGGAAUAAUAUUAUCUCCUGGAGUCAUUUACAACCCUGAUUCUUCAGACAUUGUUGUAGAUCUUAUACCAAGUUUGGUCUUAUGCGAGUAUAGGAUCACUGCAACCGAAGCAGUCUUAUUUGAUAUUACGGAUGCGCUAUCGUUAUAUGGAGAAGAUGAGCUAACCGUUUUUAAUAAUUUUGAUAAGAAAGAAGAUAAGCCUGAGAAAUUCAAAAGAGCAAAAGGAGUUGGAGCAAAUAAAGAUUUCAGUUAUUACUCUUCAGAGAAGAAAUUAUUCGUUCAGUUCAAAACAGAAUUCGGUGAAGAGACUGAUAAAGAUAAACCUGGUUUUAAAGCUACCUGGUCUAUUGAUUGUCCGAAACCUAGUGCCGGAAAUGCUAAUAUUGCCGCUGAUAAUCGAAAAUAUAGAGAAAAGUUCAGUUUAGAAUGUGCUGCAGGUAAUUACUUUUUUCAAGAAGAAUAUAUUGGAGACGGAAAUAGUGACAACAUUGAUAGAAGAAUAGAUCUUACAUGUGAAUUUGGUGGUCAAUGGGAUAAGAAAUCCAUUCCUAAAUGUGAACCUUAUUACUGUGGUAGAAUAAAGAAUGUAAAAAGAGGACACGUAAAAGAUUUUGCCACAGUUACAAACUUUUCAUUGAACGCUCAAGUGGAAUUUGAAUGUUUUAGCGGUUUUGAUCUAAAGAAUGGCAAAACAAUUUGCAGAGACGAUGGUUGGGACGGAGAACCUGAAUGUAGGACUGCAGUUUGUCCAAAUUUAGGAACACAAAUUAGAAACGGAAAGUAUGUUAAUACGUCUGCCGGACUACCAGGCGAACUUGAAUUUGGCACAGUAGUUAAAUACGUAUGCGAAGAUGGUUUUGAAUAUUCGGCCGAAUCACCAGCUAUUUUCGCUUGUAGAUUCAAAUCUAACUCUGCUGAGGUUGAAUGGUCAUCAGAUCCUUCUAAGGCUGAUUGUGACUACCUUUAUUGCCCAAUUCCUGUCUUUCCAAAUGCAACCACGUCGGCCAAGGGAGCUAUUCGAUAUGAGCAAGAAAUUACAGUUUCUUGUAUUGAAGGACAUGUUUUCAACGGAACAGACGUUACAGAUCAAAUAGCGAUGUGUGGAUCAGAUAGGAAGUUUGACAAAGACUUGUUUUGUGUAGACUACGACGAAUGCACUAACCCAAAUACUUGUGAUGGAGACAGAGGUGUCUGUAUAAACACUCUUGGUUCCUAUUAUUGCGGUUGCAAAGAUGGUUAUGAGUUAGACGGAAAUUCCUGCGUUCAAAUCAAUGAGUGUGAGAGAUAUCCUAAUCUUUGUCACCGUGACUCUAGUUGUACAAAUGGUCAUUGCUGUACUGAUAAAAAUCCUACAGAAGGUAGAUACAUUUGUCAUUGUCCUGACGGAUAUGAUCUUUAUAAAGAGGAUGAUCAAAUGGGAGUCGAAACAAAGGACGGUGAAGAUGGCCGUCAGUCAUGGCAUGUUGUUUCAUUUAAUCAUACAUGUAUAAAGAAGAGGUGUAACUUUACUGAAAUAUAUAAACCUGAAGCUGCCGACAAGUUUAAACUGUUUGGUAUUGCUGCCAAGACUUACGAAGUUGGUGACAGCAUUACAUACCUAUGUGAUCUUGGUUAUGAGAAAGUUGGUGGAGAUUUCGAGAUAACUUGUGAUAAAAAUGGACUUUGGUCUCCCGCACAACCAACAAAGCCUAAUUGUGCAGCAGUCACUUGCAAGUUUGACAAGUCAUCAUAUAAAAGUCCUCCAACCUAUAAAGAUUCAACAACAGAAUUCAAUUAUGAUCCUAACACAGAGUUAACAUUUAAGUGUGUCACUCCACUUGGCAAACAGGAAGAUCGAAAAGUGAAAUGUGCUUACGAUCAAAGUACGCAAAGUUAUAGGCUAGUUGGAGAUUCUUUAGAAUGUGGUGUCAUUGAUUGUGGAACUCCAUCAAGGGAUCUCUUGUCAGGUGUGGAUGGAGUACCAACUAAUACAACAUACACAGCUGAAUUUGAAGUGAAAUGCAAAACAAAUUUCGCGCCAAAAGGUAAAGGCCCAUUAACUGACAGACCAACCAUAGCCGUUUGUACUAAGACAGGAAAAUGGGAUUUCGGCAAUAUGAUAUGCCAGGGUACAAAAUGCGAUGGAAAGGAUGUAUUGCAUCCUGACGAAGGGAAAACUCAUGUAACCUCAUUUGAAGACGGAGCCUUAGCCACUUUUACUUGUAAUAGAAAGGGAUAUGCACCUAAUCCUCCUGAACCUUUAGUGUGUAUAGAAGGUAAAUGGAAUGGAACCGUUCCCGUCUGUGUCGAUGUAGAGCCUCCUAAGUUCACCAAUUGUGAACAGGAGCAACCACCACCUGUAGCCAGGAAACAAACUCUUUUAGACCUUCCGUUUCCUAAUGUAACGGAUAACUCUGGUGCAGUUGCUAGAAUUGAAGUAGAGGGUUAUGAUUUAAGUAAGCCUUAUGAUUCGAGUGAGGAAACUGUACUUAUGUGGUAUGCUUACGAUCACAAUAAUAAUUCGGCGAACUGUUCAGUUACUAUUCGAUUGAAGAUAAAUGAUGAAAAAAAAAUAACAUGUACUAGCGAAACUUUCACAAUUUCAAAGAAAAAUCAUCUUGAGACUUUUGAAGUUACAGGAGGAGGCUUAGAUAACAAAAUAAGUGAAAAAUACGAUCCUAAAAAGCUUGAGAUAAGAUAUUCAUCCAUUGGUAAAACCCUUGUUUCAACUUAUACUGCAACUGCCAACGACGGUACUAAACUCUCUUGCAAGCUAUUGUUACCAGUAAAAGCGGAACGAUGCCGGCCUGAAUUUAUAAAUCAGCCUGAUAACGCGAGGGCUAAUAGUAUUACAAAAGUGGACAAUGGCUUUGAAAUACUCUUCAGAUGCUCUGAUGGCAGGUAUUUUUAUAGAGAAGUCUCCUCCCAAAAUGAACAAUUUGAGACAGUAACACAGUUCAAAUAUCAAUGUAAGGACGACGAAGGCUACAAAGAGUUGAGACCUGAUGGUUCAAAACCAAAUGUAUUUUCUCCUCCUAACACAUUGAUUCCCGUUAUUCAUAAUUGUCAGCCUGUUAGCGGUAUUCAAUACUUUUUGUCUGGAUACUUUCUGUAUAGACUAAAGCUUACUAGCACAGUUAAGCAAAUAUCAAACGCCUGCCGGGAUACGUUCAAUAAAUAUUUUGAAGAUACCGUAAAGAGCGAAUCAUUUAAAAACCAGCUAGUAGAUCAUUCAAGAUGCUUUGGUAGAACAAUAUCAAUUGAAGUUAUUUCCUUCGAAACUACUUUUAAUGAAAUGAAGGUAAUAGUUACAGUGGCUGUUGGACCGAGAACAGAAAAUAUAGAAAACCUUGAAAACUGUGUUAGCGAGGUUCAAAGUGAAUUUAAGAAUUUUGCUGGAAUAUCAGAUACUCCAGAAUUCUCGGGUUGUUCAAAGUUGGAAAAAGUUAAAAAUGGACUUAAUUUUAUCAGAGACGAAAAGAGUGGAGUAUAUUGUCCAAGUGGCUUUCAAACCGUCAAAAUAACAAAAGACGGUAAUGAAGUUGAUAGAUGUUUAAUCUGUCCUAAUGGUUUCAAGUUUAAUGACGAAAAAAGGAUAUGUGAAAAAUGUCCCGUGGGAACUUAUCAAACUGAAGCUGGAACGGCUGAGUGUAAACCUUGCCCUGCCGGAAAGUCAACGUAUUUUUUGGGCGCAUUCUCUCAGUCGCAGUGUUUUGAUGAAUGUCCUGUUGGAUACACAUCGCAAAAUGGAUUACCUCCCUGUAACCCAUGCCCGCAGAAUGAAUAUUUUAAUUCGACAACCCUAUGUUCACCUUGUCCUGCAGGCACGUCAACAAAUGGAUUAACAGGUGUAACUGAUGUAAGCGGCUGUAAAGAUGAAUGCAAACCGGGAACUUUUUCAUCAAACGGCUUUGAACCCUGUAUCAAAUGUCCUUUUGGAACAUUCGCAGAGAAUAGCAAAUCUACAAUUUGUCAAGAUUGUUAUGGAACUAACACUACAGAGUUUGAAGGUGCAAAAUUUAAAGAGAAUUGUACUGAAAUAACAGAUUGUGAAACUGAUAGCAAUUUCUGCAACGGCCACGGUUCAUGUAAAACUGUCGGCAAAGCUAGAGUUUGUAUUUGCAAUAAAGGAUAUACUGGCCGUUUCUGUGAAACGGAUAUAGAUGACUGUGCAAGUUCACCUUGCAAGCACGAUUCAACUUGUAAAGAUUUAGUAAAUGAUUUCGAAUGUACGUGUAAAAAGAGAAUAAAAAUAACAAUUGAGAAAUUAGAGAAGAAGAUUGUUGUUAAUGGAGAAGCCUUCGAGAUUAAAGAAAUCUCGAGGAAUUCACGGGAAGACGAUUGUGCAAAGCUCUGCAAAGCCGACAAUAGGUGUAAAUGGGCUAUUGUUCAUGAUGCGACUAAUCUGUGCUUUCUCUAUGAUGAAAAAAGUGAAUUAGCAAAUAACGACGAUUCAUACGUCCUACAAAGAAAUGAAGUUGAAGAAAAUUCGUAUACCUUGGACACACAUUGUGGAAAUGAAACAGACGAUUGUGUAACUAAUGAUAAUUGUGGAAUCAAUGGCGGUUGUCUCGAUCUCGAUCCGGCAUACAACAAUAACGAAAUUACUAAAUGUGUUUGCGACCGAGGUUAUAAGGGUGACAAGUGCAAUAUACCAGUUACAGAAAUCUGUACAACGAAACCUUGUAUGAACGGCGGGACUUGUAAAGCAAUUGAAUUAGAAGGUGCAGACAUAAGACGAUUAUGCACAUGUGCCGCUGGUUUUACAGGAGACGAUUGCUCUGAGAAUAUUAAUGAUUGCGAUCCAAAUCCGUGUUUUAAUGGUGGUACAUGCAUCGAUAAAGUUAAUGGCUUUGAAUGUAAAUGUCCUAGUUUUGCUGAAGGAAAUAAGAAACGAUGCGAAACCCUUAAAACGGAUGUGUGUAAAAAUAAUCCUUGUGCUGUAGCACGCAGCGAAUGCCGCUUUGAUUAUCCAAAUGCUCAAAGAAAGUGUCUCUGUCCCGAUGGAUAUAGAGAUGAAUACUUUUGGUCAGUAUGGUUAAACGGAGAUACCAACCAGAAAGAUGGGGAUGACGUGGAACAUGUUGAUAAUCACCUUAAAAGAUACGGUAGCCUAGUUUGCAGUCGUAAGAAGGAAGCUAUUUUAGAUAUGGAAUGUAGAAUCGCUAAAAACAAAUUAUCUCAUGAUGAUCCUAAAAAUGUAGAUUAUCUGAUCCACGACUGCAAAAAUAUAACUCUCGGUCUACUGUGCUUAAAUAGUAAUCAAACGAACAACAAAACUUGUGAGGAUUAUGAGGUUCGUUAUAAAUGUAGUUAUAGAACAUUGGACAGGUACUUGUGCCACGAUAUCGACGAAUGUGUUGAAGAUGAACCUUGUGAGAAUCCUUUCAAUUCCAUUUCCUGCAGGAAUGAAAGAUAUCCUUUGCUGUACGAUUGUAGAUCGUGUAAAACUGGUUUCGAAGGUUUUAAUUGCCAACACAACAGAGAUGACUGUAAGGACAACCCAUGCAAGAAUGGUGGAAUAUGUAUAGACGGUGAAAACAGCUAUAAAUGCAAUUGUACUUUUGGAUGGUCAGGUAAAAAUUGUGAUGAGACGAAAGAUAAUUGUUCACCUGAUCCAUGUGUCAAUGGAAAAUGUAUAAAUAAAUUUGGUGGUUUUACAUGCGAUUGUCGUAACGGCUACGAAGGUUUGAACUGUUCUAAGGAAAUCAAUGGCUGUGAUUCACAUCCUUGUCUAAACGGCGGAACAUGUACACCAAAGACUAGGGGAGAAUACGAAUGUACGUGUGGAUCUUCAUUCACUGGUACAAAUUGUGAGAAUCUUCUUGAUAAUUGCAAUCAUAAUCAAUGUUUGAAAGGCUCCACUUGCUUUUCAUUACCUGGAAAAAAUAAUUUUUACUGCGCAUGCGUUCAAGGAACGUUUGGUGAUUUUUGCAGUCAAGGUAAAGAUAUAUGCGAGGUAGCAAAUCCUUGUAAAAAUUCUGGUAGAUGCUAUGUUGAACUGGGAAUAGUAAAGUGCGAAUGUGAUGAAAACUAUGUUGGAGAUUUUUGUCAUAUUGAGAGGGAUUUUUGUAAAGAGGGAGCUGUUAUCUGUCAAAACGGAGCUACCUGCACUAGACUCUCAACUAAUGAAAAAUACAAAUGCACAUGUUCUCCAGGAUUUACUGGCACUAAAUGCGAAACGAACAUCGAUGAUUGUGCUAAUAUCAAAUGUGGACCUCUACCAGGAAGAUGUAUCGACAGUAUCAAUGAAGGAUUUUGCAACUGUCCUCCGGGUAAAAUGGGACCACUUUGCGCAAGGGAUAUAGAUAGAAAUUUUGAUAUAUAUUUUGGUAGAGGAUCAAAAGAUAGUGCAGCUGUCACUUACUUUCCAGUGGCAAUGGGUAGUGAUGGUUUUACAUUUUCCGUCUGGCUUCGAUAUGCAGAGAAGGAUGAUACAGGAAACUUUUUUACAGCCUAUCAAGUUAGAUCAGAAACUUCUCUUGAUAUACUUGAUGGAUUUUUUAUGACUAUCGAUGAGAGAUCUAUAUCGCUUACAAUGAAAAAUGAGUCAAAUUCAGUAGUCACUUCAUUAAAUGCCAAUUUCACUGAUUUGGUUCUUCUUAAUGACGGAAAAUGGCACAAUCUAAUUGUUAAAUGGUCUGGUGAUAGCGCAGAAUUAGUUGUUCGUAUUGACGCAAUUCGUGUUGUAAACAAGCAAGACUUUGCUAAAGAUUUUAUCUUAUCCGAUUACUUAAUGGUUAGGUUGGGUGAUAAAUUUAAUAAAGACACUAAGCAAUCGGUCCCAAAUGGUGGUUUCCUUGGAUAUAUGAGCUUGGUUCUAUUAUAUGAUAAACUCCUUUCUGAUGAUUAUAUCAAACUCUACACUCAACCUGAAAACAUUCUAGAUAUAGAAAAUAUUGCGAAAGACUGGGAUUUGUAUAAUAUUCAAAGUGGCGCUUCUAAACAGUUGAUAUCUACUAGAGGCCGAAAUGAUUGUCCUGAGGGUCUUCUUCUCAAAAAUGGAGUUUGCGUUAAUGAAACAAUUGACAAAGAGCCACCAACUUUUGAAAAUUGUCCGUCUACAAUAGUUUCAAACAAUGCUGAACGUUUUGGAGUUGUUAACUGGACAGUACCAAUAGUUAAAGGCACAUCUAAGGACGUUGCUAAAAAUUAUGAACCUGGUCUUGCUUUCGGAUUUGGUGCCACAGAAAUUAUCUACGUUGCCACAGAUGAUGAUUUAAAUAGGGCGAAAUGUGAAUUUACUAUUUGGGUAAGAGGCUCAUCUUGUGAAAUGCCGGAAGCACCUAAGAACGGAGCUGUUGUUUACGCUCGUGACUCUUUAUAUGCCUAUGCUAAAUUAGUGUGCCAAGAUACAUUCCAUCCUCUUGUUGACACUCCAAAUUAUUAUACUUGUGGUCCAACUGGAACUUGGGAUAGUACAAGACCUUAUGAGAAAUUUAGAUUCCCACAGUGUAGUUCAUUCAAAGCUCCUAGCUAUAAAUCUGUUGUGAAAUUUGGAUAUCAUCUUCUGGGUAAAUUAUGUAAGGAUAAUGUCAAGAAUAUCUUAAAGAAUAGAGUUACUACGGGAUUUAAUACGAAGCAGCAAUCGGAUGACAAUGCUGAAAAUACUUAUCAUUGUAUAUCUGGUACUUGUAAUUUUGAUAUUGACGUAAACUGCGCUGAUCAAGAAAGACCGUUAGUUACUACCACUAUAACUAAUCUAGCAGACCCAAAGGGAGAAGAAGAUAUGAUUUCUCAAAUGGUACUGCAGACUGAGGUCUUUAAUGAGCCGGAUAUUGCUGGCGCUGAAAACGUUGACACUUCUAGAUUUUCCUUUUCCUUGGAAUAUUCUUGUGAUGAAAACUAUCAAGUUUCCGGUGAUAAAUGUGUGAAGUGCACAUCUGGAACAGUUUUCAACAAAGAAACAAAAAAAUGUGAUUUCUGUGAAGUUGGUUUUUAUUCUACCGAUUCAACAGAGAGUGCCUGUAAGAAAUGCCCCAACGAAAAAACAACCGAUAACAUAGGAGCUCGAGCUGAAGAUGAAUGCUAUGAUAACUGCGAAAAAGGAUCAAUGUGGGAUGGUAGUAAGUGUACUAUGUGUAAACCAGGAUUCUAUCAAGAAGAAAAAGGUAAAACUUAUUGUAAACCAUGUCCUUUUGGAACGGACAACCGAAAAAAUGGAUCUGUUUCCAUUACGGAAUGCUCUACUGCUUGUCCAGGUGGUCAGCAAUUAGGGGCAGGGGGAAAAUGUGUUGACUGCUCAUACGGCUUUUACAGUCGUGAUAAAAUUGAUAAUAGAUGUUUGAGCUGUCCGGAGGGUAAAACAACAGCAAAGACUGGAGCACAGGCAUCUAGUGAUUGUUGUCGAAUAAAAUGUAAAGCCGGUCAAAAGAGAAUUGGUGAUGGUUGUAAAAAUGAACAAGAUCAAUGUGUUGAUUGUCCUCAAGGAACUUAUAGAAGUUUUAGUUUGACACAAGAUGUCAAUUGUACCGCUUGUGAUCCCGGAUUCAACACAACAAAGCCAGCCGCCACAGACAUUAGUUUCUGUAAUGCCUCUUGUCCAGCUGGAAAAUAUUUGAAAGGUUCAGAUUGUGAAAAUUGCCCUAAAGGCACAUAUAAAGACGAUAAAGAAUUCCUUUCACCCUUCAUGACUGAGUGCUAUUCUUGUAGUGAGAAGACAAACUUUCUCCGAGGUCAAACUCUUUUUGAAGGUAGUACUAGCAUAGACGAUUGCAGAGAAACUGAUUGUCAUUCAGGACAAGAGUGGGAUGGGGAUACAGGCAAAUGUGUCGAUUGCGAUUACGAUAAAUAUCAAACAUCAAAUGAAGUGCUUAAUAAUACGGUGUGCAUUUCAUGCGGAGCAUUAAGAGGCACAAAGAGAAAAGGCUCUAAUUCCACAGACGAAUGUGUUAGCUAUUGUAGAUCAGGAGAGUAUCUUAAGGACAAUAAAACUACCACCUGCUCGAAAUGCCCAGUUGGCUUUUACAAAGAUAACGAUUUUAAUGAUUUUGCUAAGGAAGUAACAAGAUUUGCCUACGAAUGUCAAGCGUGUCCGAUUGGAAGAACAACUGACACAGAAGGAACGAAAAGGCGAGAAGACUGCGAUCUACGAAUAUGUACUAAGGGCCAUUGGUCAAAUACAGAUGAUAGGUGUAUACCAUGCGAUCAAGGUUACUAUCUUGGUUCGCCAGCUCGAAAAUGCAAAAAAUGUCCUGGUUUCUAUACAACUAAACGCACGGCAAGCACAAGCGUCAAAGAUUGUACAGAAGCGGCUAAUUUACAUAUCUUCAGAAUUACUAUUAGAUUUACAUCCAUAGUUUACACUCCUGAACUUAUUAUCCCCGGUACAACAACAUAUGAAACAAAUAAAGAUAACAUUUUAUCAGCUCUCAGAAGUGGUUUAGCUGAUAUUUCAUUUACAUAUCAACUAUUAUUCUUAGGUUUUAGAAAGGGAAGUGCCAUCGCGGAGUAUGACCUUGGAGCUUCUUCCAUAGGCAAUAAGAAGGAGGAUUUACUAAAAGAAAUUAAUGAUAGACUGCAGGUGGCUUUGGCCACAGGAAAGCUUGGUGACUUAGAUGCUGCAGAUCCGAAAAGUCAACCAAUUGUCUUUUCAUUCUCACCAAGCAAAGUUUGUGAUAAUGGUGAGAAGUUGUUCUUCAAUACAACAUCAAAUAAAGUAGAUUGUACAGAAUGUGGUUAUGACGAAUUUCAAUUCAAUGAUAAAAACAGUCAAUGUCAAACAUGUCCGGGAAAUAGGGGAAUAGAUGGCACGAAAACAUAUUUCCCAAACACAGCGUCCACUGAUGCGUCAGCUGAAGACAAAAUUAAUGAAGUAUGCAUACCCCUUUGCAAAUUGGAGAAAAUAAAUCCUAAUGCAACUCAGGCACUGAAAGGAGAAGAUAUGGUACCUUACUGUUUGAAUGGGGGUAUUUGCGAAGAUGAAGCUAACGGAGAACAAAAAUGUACCUGUCAUACACAAUUUGAGGGUAAAAGAUGCGAAAAUCGAAAAUUGAACUCUAAUAACAAAGAUACUAUAGUUUAUGCAUGUUUAGGCGCCGGUGGUGGUGCUAUUCUUAUUGGUUUAAUAGUAGUGUUGGCGAGAUGGCAUUAUUUGCGAAAACAUCCCAAGAAAUUAAACAAAAAGGGAAAAGAUGGAGAAAUUGGUCAAAUUGAUCAAAAUCUGUCUCCUCAGAUGGUUAAUCCGGGCCAGACUCCAGCUCAGCCAGUAAUUCAGCCGGCACCAAAAUCAAAGAGUCCAGAGAGGCCUCCAAGAAAUAAAAAACAAAAAGGCAAAAAACGAGCCCCAAGCAAGUCACCAAGAAGAAAUGGCGCAGGCGCUGCUGCUAUCACAGGAAGCAAUAUGUACAAUGGAGAUCCUAAUGAACAAUAUCAAGGUUAUUCUCCAUACGGAAUUGGUCAACUGCAGGCAAGUGGAACCUUAGGAAUUCAAAGACAAAUUGCUGGAAGUGUUGUUAACAGCCAAACUGGCUCACAAUUUAUGUUUUACGAAGAGAAGGAAGACGAUUAUAAUGACUAUUCGCAGGGAUAUAAUACCGGAGACAUGGGCAAUUACGGAAAUGGCCAAUAUGGAGAUGGACAAUAUGAUUAUUACGGCGGUUAUGGCGCUAAUUAUUAG